AUGGCGAACGUUCCGGGCGGGACAGAUGUGCCUCGGGCUACUCCACUCCCAGAGUGGCUGCAACUGAGUGGCUCGCAGGAUGGCUUCUGGGCGGGCAGGAAGUGGACAACACUGCUCCCAGAGUGGAUGCAACAGGAUGAGAAAGCCAUCACUUUCGUGACGACUGCCAUUGUAGCGAUUGCCCUGGGAGUGGUUUUGGGUCCUGUGAUGAGAAAGACUCUCUACGCCGUGACUGCAUGGUUUUUCUUGCAGGCAACCAGAGUCAUGAAGGCCCCUUACAAGCUUACUGGAUGCCUUUGUAAGCUGUGCAGGCGUGGCAAAAAGGAAGGGGCGGCUGGACAACACCGCGAGACCCAGCAGAUGAAUGAGGGACAUUCGAACACCCUUCGUCAACAGAUAGAGGCUUUCUGGACUGACGUACGUGACAGCCUCAAAUGCAUGACCAGCCUUGUCACCGACCUCUGGAAGGAGACGAGCCGCAGCUGUGGUGAGCUGAAGAUUGCCCAGCAACAAGCAGUCCAAACGCUCAAAGACUCUUUUCAGGAGAUGACGAAGUUGGUUGAGAAGGCUGUGGAGAACGUCACGCGGCAUGUUGACAAACUCCAGUUCCCGAGCCCCACGGCUAUCAACAACCUCCUUGAACAGUCACGCACGGUGCUCCUACAGCAACUUGCGACAACAAUGGACGAAACCAGUGCUGCACUGCAAAAUGUCAUGGUGGGACAUCAGCGUCAAGCAGCUCAAAAUUUCGACAGGGUCAAGCAGGAGAUAGUCCAGCGCACAAGGGAACUGGAGACCAUGGAGAAGCAGUUGGACCAGCAUGCUCGCCGACAGUUCGAGACCCUCAAGGAGAUCCAGGACUCGAUGAUGAAGAUGCAAGAAACUCUCGAUGGUCACAAUCAUGUUCUGGCCAAACUGGAAGACAUGACUGGCAAACAGGAAGUGGCAAUGGCUCGCUUUGCUGAAGCCAUUGAUCGAAGUCGGCAGAUGGCAGAGGACGUCUCCACGGACACGGAGAGAAUCCUUGCUGCCCUUGAUGCCAUUCAAGAACGUAUGGGCCCGCCUGUGCCCUACCGACAGCCGCCAGUGACCAGACCGGGGCCUAGCACGCAAGCGAACCCCGCCUUUGACCAUGGGAAUGCAGGCAUGACGGGAGUCAGGCCAAUUCAACUGGCCCAUGCGAUCCCGAUGCAGACCCCCGGUGGCGCGGUCCAGGCGCACAACCCCAGAGGAGAGAUCUUGAGGGUCGUCUUGGAUCACCUCACCAGUCCCAACUCGGGGGGCCCAUAA